CGGGAAAGAGGCGGAAGAAUUUUUGCCUGCUUUCCUGGGGGACUUCAGAGGUGGCCAUCCUUGAGCUUCCAGCCCUAGAAACCUCAGCCUCUGCACCAGGUGGUGCCUCUGCCUCUCGGGGCCAUGGGCCAGAUCUCAGGACUCGUGCCCUCUCGUUUCCUGACGCUCCUGGCGCAUCUGGUGGUCGUCAUCACCUUAUUCUGGUCCCGGGACAGCAACAUCAAGGCCUGCCUGCCACUCACGUUCACCCCCGAGGAGUAUGAGAAGCAGGACACUCAGCUGGUGGCAGCGCUCUCUGUCACCCUGGGCCUCUUUGCAGUGGAGCUGACCGGUUUCUUCUCAGGAGUUUCCAUGUUCAACAGUACCCAGAGCCUUCUCUCCAUCGGAGCUCACUGUAGUGCAUCUGUGGUCCUAUCCUUUUUCAUAUUUGAACGUUGGGAGUGCACCACGUACUGGUACAUUUUUGUCUUCUGCAGGAAGAAAGACUGGAGGAGCAAGGGACCAGUCACCAUUCCUGGAAGGAGGAAACCCCCCUAAAACUGCAUUUGGUGGAGGAUUUUAGUGUUAAUUAUUAAUUAUCUGUCCAGUCUGGGAUUACCCACGUUUUAUUUAGUGCUUUGUAAUGAAAUCAAUUUUAGAGGAACAUCAAAACUUACAAAAAUUUAAGGGGAGAAUUGGGGUAGUUCAAAUUAGUGGAGAAAUGGAAGGCUCUUUUCCAGCCUUACAAGACUAUAAUAUGUGUCUCUUUUAUUUUGGUUAUUACGGUAGAAGUCUGGCGGAAUAGAGUGGGCGGAGAUAUGUAAAUAAAUAGUGCUGAUGGUUGGGACUGCAUACUCGUGAAUGGAGCAUUCUGGGAGGAAGUAUCUUAUCCCUUCUUCAGGCAAGUGGGAAAAAACCUGUUUUUGAAAGACUGCAAAUAAAUGUAGCAACAGAAAAGGAAGAAUCUAAAUAAUUUUAGAUAGGUGAGGGUACACGUUAUUUACUCACCCUAGCUUACAGCGGAAUGCUUUUCAUGGAGUUUGGGCUGCCCCAAUAUAUUAAGUUAUCGUCAGGUAGGAUAAUCCUUACCUGUUUCUCCUUUAUUGGAGAACAGAUUAGAACAUGAUGAUUGGAGUUCGCAUGAUUCGUGAUUAACGUCUCUGCGUAAUCAGGACUUGCAACACCCUGAUUGCUCCUAUCUGAUUCUUCCUGACGAUCUUUAACUUUUUUUCCCUGCUUUGAUGCAUAAUGAUAGGCUUUAUUCUAGUAUUGCAUGUGUUUACUGGAUUUAACCACAGAAUUGCUAGUCGUGCUUGUUAAUCUGUUUUCUUGACUUUGGGUGUCCUGUUAAUAGGAAUGGUGGUUUUUUUUUUUCCAGUUAAUUCAGCUGAUAGAGAAUGUCAGGUGUUUUUCCAAAGUGUUAAUUGCUAGAGUUUUAUACGUGUGUGUAUAAGGUUUUUUGGUAUAUAUUUAAUUUAAAAAACUUACGGAAACAGCUAUUUUAUGAUCUUUGGUUUUGUAUACAGUGAUCGUUAAUGUUGGUCAUACUUGGUGUCACAAAUGGCCUAUUGUCAAACCUAUCUCAGUAUGGCAAGAAGGACCACCUGUUCAGGGGGCCCUUGCAUGGUGGUUGGAGCUCCCACCCGAAGCCUGCCAGACCUAUUGUCCCCAGGUGAACACCUCCCCUCCUCUGCCUGCUAACACAUGACAAUAACAUGUUUAAAAGAAAGUUAUUAAAACACAUAUACACUAAGAGUCUAAAGUUUUUUUAAUUAAUUUUUCCAAAUACAUUUGUUUCUGCCUUCCCCCCGCCACUAGAGUCUAAACUUCUAACCUGUCACAGGAUGAAUGUUCUCAGUCAUGUUUCCUGGUAUAAGGUGGAACCCAGGCCACUCUAAAUAAGCUAAAGGCAUCCAAGAAGAUGCUUUCGGGUGUUGCCUCUCAGGUAAUGUCUCACACAUCUAACCAUUCUUUCUCUGACCAUAUAUUUCUCCUCCUGGCAGCCUUUCACCCUGAGCAUUCAUUCUAUGAAUACUUACUGAGCACUUGCUAUGUGCAGUGCACUGUAGUAGUUACUAAGGGAACCCAUGUGAAUAUGACCCAUACUCAGCCUCCGCUAUCACAGCUAUUAUGACACAUAGAGACAGAAAAGAAACAAUUUCCGAUACUUCCAGAGUAAUUUAAUAGCAACUUGUGAUAAGUGCUGCAAAGGAGAUUUACACAUGCUAUGGAGCAGGAAUUAAUUUGCCCAAGGGGGCAAUUUGAGUGAGGUCCUGGAGUGUGGCUAGUGCAGAGAAGUAGGGGAGCAGAUUCUGAGGAAAGGCAAGGGAGGUGGACAUUGCUGGCAAUGGUUAGAAACAUGACCAGGAAAGUCAUAUCCCACUCCAGUCUGGCUUUCAUCCCCCACCCAGAGAUGUGUUCUAAUGAUUUGUGAAAGCUAAUUUUUUUGUUUCACAGAAAAUUUGUAAACCAGUUGUUAAAUGCAACUAUUAACAAAAAUUAAAUUAUGUAAAUUUACAAUUAAAUAAAUUAUACUUAAAAACAGGUACACCCGGCUGGUGUGGCUCAAUGGACUGAGUGCAGGCCUGUGAACCUCAGGGUCGCUAGUUUGAUUCCCAGUCAGAGGACAUACCUGGGUUGCAGGCAGGGCUCCCAGUAAGGGGCGCGCUAGAGGCGACCACACAUUGAUGUUUCCCUCUUUCUCCCUCCCUUCCCCUCUCUCUAAAAAUAAAUAAAAUCUAAAAAUAUAAAUAAGUAAAUAAAAAUAAAAACGUUAUACUCAAAAUUCAUUACUUUCUGUUCAUUUUACAUUUUACUAUUAUAUGCUCUUAAGGUUAUUUAUAUUUAUUGUAUCUGUAUGGUAGAGAUACUAUAUAAUGUUAUACUACUAUAUAUCUCUUCUGAACUCAAACAUUUAGUUGAUAGCUUGAAAUUGGCCUUGG